AAAUUGUGCCUUCAUCUCAAUUAAAAAGUCAUCAUGAUCUUGUUCUUCUUCCUUCCUUAACUUCCAUCGCACCUUUUAACUAUCCUCAAUUGGCUGAGAAUUAUAACAAAAACAUGGCGCUUUCUCCGGAAACGUUUACAACCCGAAAACGACGCCCCCGAGGGUCGUCGUUUACGUCCCCGAAGGUAAACGACCUUAACGUGUUGAGCUCUUUGCUUCAACUAACGGAUCAGAUAUGUUCCCUAAAUCUCACAGCCACCCUCUUAAACCGUGUUUCCUCUUCCACCAUCCGCAAAACGCAGCUCCUCGGCGUCGUUUUCGAGGAGCUCUUCCGCGUUUCGAAUCUGAACUCCGAUUCCGUUCUGUUCCUCUGCCUCGAGGAAAUGUACAUCGUUCUCCACAAGCUCAAAACCCUAAUCCAAGAUUUCUCCAACGGAAGCAAGUUCAAUUUGCUCAUGCAGAUCGAUACCGUCGCGGAGAGCUUCCACAGGCUCACCGGAGAACUCUCCACGCUCCUCGACGUGUUCCCUCUCCAAGACCUCGACCUCAACGACGACGUUAGGGAACUCGUUCUCCUCGUCAGAAAACAGUGCUCUGAAGCGAAGGCGUUCAUCGGAGCCGAACAUGUCAGCCUCCGCAACGACGUCGUUUUGGUCCUCGACCGGAUCAAGAACGAGAUCGUCCCCGACCAAGCGCAUCUCGCUUCAAUCUUCGAGAAAUUGGAGAUUCGCGACGCGUCGAGCUGCAGAGCGGAGAUUGAGAGCCUCGAGGAAGAGAUUCACAACCGUUGCGAAGAGCAACCGAAAACAGAUCUCGUCGCGUUAAUCGGCCUCGUCCGUUUCGCGAAGUGCGUUCUCUACGGCGCGUCAACGCCGUCGCAGAAAACCGUCACUCUGCGGCGGAACCAGUCGUCGGAGCUGGCGAUUCCGGCGGAUUACCGGUGUCCGAUAAGCCUAGAGCUCAUGCGCGAUCCCGUCGUGGUGGCAACAGGACAAACAUACGAUCGUGUAUCAAUCAAGCUCUGGAUGGAUUCUGGACACAACACGUGUCCAAAAACGGGUCAAACGUUAUCACACAGCGACCUAAUCCCCAAUCGCGUCCUGCGGAACAUGAUAACAGCGUGGUGCCGCGAGCAGAGAAUCCCCUUCGAAGCAGAAACGGAUACAGGGAAACUCAACGGUGGAGUUACCAACAAAGCCGCAUUAGAAGCCACGCGAAUGACGGUGUCGUUUUUGAUCAACAAGCUCAAGGGAAGGGAAAACGAUAACGUUAACGUUCCUUUGAGUGUUGAAGACACAAACGGCGUCGUUUACGAGCUUCGGGUGUUGGCUAAGACAGAUUCGGAUAGCCGAGCUUGUAUAGCCGAAGCGGGAGCGAUUCCGGUUUUGGUUCGGUUCCUUAAUGCGGAGAAUCCGAGCCUGCAGGUUAACGCCGUCACGACGAUUUUGAACAUGUCAAUAUUGGAAGCGAAUAAGACUAAGAUAAUGGAGACUGACGGCGCGUUAAACGGCAUCGCCGAGGUUUUGAUAUCGGGUGCCACGUGGGAGGCCAAGGCGAACGCGGCAGCGACGGUGUUUAGUUUGUCCGGUGUGGCGGCGCACAGAAAGAAGCUGGGGAGGAAGACACGUGUCGUGAGCGGGUUGGUGGGUUUGGCCAAGAGUGGGCCCGAGGGGGCGAGGAGGGACGCUCUGGCGGCGAUAUUGAACUUGGCGGCGGAUAGGGAGACGGUGGCGAGGUUGGUGGAGGGGGGUGUGGUGGGGAUCGCGGCCGAGGUGAUGGCGGCGAUGCCGGAGGAGGGGGUGACGAUUCUGGAGGCAGUGGUGAAGAGGGGUGGGUUGGUGGCGGUGGCGGCGGCGUACGCCGGGAUUAAGAGGCUGGGGGCAGUGCUGAGGGAGGGGUCGGAGAGGGCGAGGGAGAGCGCGGCGGCGACGCUGGUGACAAUGUGUCGGAAAGGGGGGUCGGAGGUUGUGGCGGAGAUGGCGGCGGUGCCCGGCGUGGAGAGGAUCAUUUGGGAGCUUAUGGCGGUGGGAAGUGUCAGGGGGCGGCGGAAGGCGGCGACGCUGUUGAGGAUUCUGCGGCGGUGGGCGGCGGGGCUCGACGGUGGCGAAAAUGAAGGGUUCCCGACAACUACCACCAUGGUUGCUUCCUCAACCACUACUGUGGUUGUUCCAACCACCACCACCACCACUUCGUUAGCACAGUAACAAACAAUUUGUCUGUUAUCACAACAUCGUCAAUUAGUACAAUUUGUAAAUGUCUCAAAGGUGAAAAGUUGUUGUACCUUUUUUUUUUUUCUUUCAUUUUACCCUUUUUCAUUGAUUUUGCCAUCCCUGUAAAAUGUAAUUUAUGGAGCAGUUUUUUUUUUUUUUUUUUUUUGUAUUUUAAACAGACUAUUUUGGCAUUCUUUCAUUCUUUUGUGACUAUGUGUUUCCAAUUUGUGAAUGGUAGAUUUGAGUUGCUGAAAAGUUGCUCCUUAAUUAUAUAUGGUUGUUAAUUUUUCAUGAACUCUUUCUAAUGUAAUGGCAACAGAACUUCGAGUACAA